AUGCCGCCCUUGCGCCAAGAUAGCUAUUUCAUUGUAUACCCUCGUUCUAGAACAACUCUAGUUCAAUUUGGUAUUGGCGAAGAGACUUUUGUUCCUCCAAAAUGGGAAAUACCAACUAAGAUCUACAGGGGUAGUAACGGCGAAUUUACUAGUAAGGAGACGAAUGAUGUAGUCUAUCCAAUUGUUAACGGUAAGAUUACUGAUUUAAAUGCAUUUCUUUACUUCUUGAAGCUACUUUAUAAGUCAGUUCUCAAGCAGGUGCUCAAGGAUGAUGCUGAGAAUUGGGAUAUGCUGGCUGCAAAUAUUCCGAUGUUCAUGUUAACUAAUUAUGCUUGGUCGCAAUACGAAACUGAAGCAAUUACUCAAUAUGUGUUUGAAAAAUUGAAAUUGAAUAACCUCAUGCUUGUGCCAGCGUCGCUUGCGACCACUUACGCGUUCGGUUAUAUUCAGAAUUGUGUUGUUAUUGAUAUAGGUGCUACCCAUACUGAUAUUGUACCUAUUGUUGAUUAUACGCCCUUGGAUCAUCUAGCCUACAGCGCAGACAUUGGAGGAGAUGCAAUUAAUGCAAAGCUAGCUUCGUUACUUCCAGGAUGGAGCCCUGAACAGAUCGAGGAUUUAAAGAGAUCUCCCAUAUUUGAAGUGCUGUCGAAAGAUGCCAAGACGUUGUCUAAGUUCAAUUUUGAUGAAGACCCAGAUGAAGGCAGUGAUGAAGGAGCUCUCGAUGUUGCUGCCAUUGUUACAUCUAAUCGUGACACAAGAGAAAUUUUAGAAGAAAGGGAAAGGAGCAAGAAUAAAGAACAAGUGUCAAAUAGUCAGCUAGAAAGAAAUACCUUUGUUGAUAGAACUGGGAAGGAAAUUGUGGUGGAAAAACAAAGAUUUCAGGGUUGCGAUAAUCUAAUAAAGAAAAUAUCCACUGCUUGUGGCAUGGUGCUCGCGCAAAUUGGGGAGAUAGCAAAAUACAAAUCGAUAUGGGAGAAUGUCCUUAUUACCGGUGGGGUUACCAGCAUUGCCGGUUUUAAAGAAGCUCUAUUAACCCAGUUAUGUGAAGAUCAUUUAAUUAUGGAGCCUGACGGCGAAAGGCAGCAAAGAGAAGAGUCAUUUUUGGCCAAGAAUAUUCAAAAACAUAGAAAGAACAAGUAUAUGGGGAUUGGUACGCCAAGUGGCUUUGUGAACACUUUAGAAUAUGUGCAGAGUCCAGUUGUUAUAAAAUCGCCUAAAUUCCCAGAGUAUUUUACUGAAUGGAAAAAACACGGUUACAGCGAGGUCACCUUCUUAGGGGCACAAAUGGUGUCUAAGCAAGUUUUUAGUCAUUCGAAUGACUCCUUUUACGUUACCAGAGAAAAAUAUGAAGAGAAGGGUCCUUCUGUAAUAUGGGAUGUCUAUUUCUGA